AACUUACACAUCUCACAUGAUGAAAUAUUAUACGCAUAACAUAGUUUAUCAUCUUAGUUAUCAUUAUUGACAUAUAUUACUGUGACUGUGUGUAAAUACAGCCGUUUACAACACUUUUCUGUCUCGUUCAAUAUUCAAUGCACCUUACAACUAGGCAAGAGAAUAAACAAUAUCAAUCCGUAUUUCUAUGUACACAAAUUGAUCUUUAAACGAACGCUAUAAAAACUGAUGAGACAACAUUUUUAAGAUCAAUCUUAUUGUUGUUCUAAUUGCUUAAAAUAACCCAACAAUUUAAAUGUCACAUACAUAUUCUGAGUUUAAUGAUAAUGUUACGAAAACUGAUGAAAUUUGUGGAAAUAAAACUAUAGAUCGUAAAACGAGACAAGUUUUAUUCUUUGAAUGCAGCAUGGACUUUAUUCAACAAACAUUUUUGAGAAAAAGUGAAAAAUUCAAUGAGCAACGUGCAACUCAGUUGCUUGAAAAGUAUAAACAAAGGCAUAGAAAAAUCAAGUGUUCAGCAUACUUUCUGAUUGAUCGAAUCCGUUUUAAACGAAAAAGACCAAUCGGUAUUAGACCAUUUCGCAAAGAAGUUAUUUAUCGAGAGAUCAAGCACUUUUUCGUUUUUCCCAAUUAUCCUGAAGUAUUUAUGAUAUGUAUCGUAGACGAAAAUAAGAAUAGACGCUCUUAUGAAUCGUUUCAAUGUGCCAAUAGUGAUACAGUAAGUACUGUGUGCUGUUUGACCUAUAAAGCUUCAAUAGAUGUGAAUAAUAUUCUUCGUGAUACACUUUCAAUAGAACAGAUAUCCGUCUCACCAUUAUCUUCAACAACUGAUCAUUCUUCAGCAAACGAAUUAGAGUAUUCAACAUUGAACACUUUAUUAAACGCUACAAAUGACAGCGGAAAUACAGAUUCAGAUUUUGUGGAGCCACCUAAAGCACUUGGAAGUGACUAUAUUAUCGACGGUGAACAAAAUGAUUCCAAUUUUGUUGGUAGCAAUUCGAAUGUCUAUUUUGCAUAUGCUGCUGCUUCUUCGAAUGAUGAUGAUGAUGAAGAUGACCAAAUUAAGAUUAGCAGACUAAUGCCUGCAGACAUAAACAGUGAUUGGGGAAGGAAAACGCUCAAACUCAACAAAAUGAAGCACAUAGUAAAUACUUCAACAGAAUCAUUUAAUCGGUCAUCAUUUCAUAACCCUAAAAGAUUCAGCUUAAAAGACGAUUCAUCAAAUGCACUGUGUUCAACUGAAACUGACUAUACCUCUAGAUGGAUGAAUACAAUUGCAAAUAAUGAAGUUUACUAUUCUUGUGUGCCUAAAACGGAUUGCACUUCCAGAAGAAAUAACAUACCGACGUUGGUUUUACCAGAUAAUGAAGUUGCAUUACGUAAAGAGAAGUCAUACACGAUCAUUUCUUCAUCAUCAACAUCUUCAGGGUGCUACGACUUUGAGGAAAAACAAGAUAGUUCAUUGCUGUAUCGUGAUCAGAAUUCAUCAGCAAGUAAAUUUAGAAGGCCGUCAGUUUUCUUAGAUCUUGAUUUAAACCAGUCAUCUGGGAAUAAUAUCGCAGACAGGAAAAAGAAGACACGUACAAUAGCCAAAACAAGUAAUACUUUUUGCCAUAAUAGUGAUAUAAACAUGUAUGAAGAUGAUCUUAACUUCGAAAGCAGUGAUUGUAUCACUCGUAAAAACAUGGAACUGAUCAAGUUAAUCAUUUGGAAAAUAUGCUAAGAAAAUCCUUGUCACAUAUGGAUAUACGAUCGGCUGAUAUAACAUACUUAUGCUAUGACCCAGCUGUUGGUGUGCGGGUAAACAACAGAGGCCCAUUAUAUAUGUUCAUGGCACGUUACGACAAUGAUCGGGCGAUGUCAUCCUACGAUUGCUCACAUUCAAGAUCUUGUAGAAGAAAAUAAAUAAACUUGUCAAAAACGUCUAGUUUUUCAUGAUAAAUGGGAUCCGAUUCAAUUCAGUAUGCACCCAAUUAUUUCCUUGUAUUUCCGUUCUUUUCUAUUUCCGUUUUGUAAUGUGAUACCCAUCGAACAAAUGUGUGUUAGUAGUAAAGCUAUUUAGCAGGAAAAUGCUUAAACUUAUCAAUUCUAAUUCUAUCAGUGUGUAAUUAAUUCAAUGUUAAGGUUUCUGUGGCAAGCAG